AUGGACAAAGACUCAGCAGAUGGGCUGCUCUUCAAGGACCACGACUUCUCCUCUGACUUGUUGAGGCAGCUCAAUGGCUUAAGACAAAGCAGAACCCUGACUGAUGUAAUCAUCUGUGCUGGGGCUGGGGAGGUCCCCUGCCACAGAAACGUGCUGGCCUCCAGCAGCCCCUACUUCCGGGCCAUGUUCUGCAGCAACUUCCGGGAGAGCGUGGAGGCCAGGGUCCAGCUGAGAGGCAUUGACUCCUCGACCCUGGAGCAGCUCGUCCUGUAUGUAUACACGGGGGAGGUGCCCAUCACGGCUGAGAACGUUCUGCCCCUGAUGGAGGCUGCCUCCAUGCUGCAGUACCCCAAGCUCUUUGAGGCCUGCUCCUCCUAUCUGCAGAGCCAGCUGACCCCCAGCAACUGCCUGGGCAUGAUCAGACUCUCGGAGAUCUUCAGCUGCGAGACCCUCAAGAAGUCAGCCAGGGAGGUGGCCCUGACGUACUUCCCAGAGGUGGCUGCAUCUGCUGACCUGAAGGAGCUCUGCGCCUUGGAAUUGAGAGACUACCUGGGGGAUGAUGGGCUGUGCGGGGAGGAGGAAAAGGUGUUUGAGGCCUUCAUGGGUUGGGUCAGGCAUGACCUCCAGACCCGGAAGCGAUACAUGCAGGAACUGUUCAAGCUCGUCAGGCUUCCGUACAUCCACCCAGCCUUCUUCCACCACUUCAUCGCCAACGAUGCCCUCCUCCAGUCCUCGCCCGCGUGCCAGAUCGUCUUGGAGAUGGCCAGGAGGCAAAUGUCUUCUUUGUACGGCACCGCCAACGUCCCAGACCUCCAACCUCCAUGGCACGUGCCCCCAAGGAACUCUUACCAGGACUUCCUCAUCCUCUUGGGUGGCAGGAAGGACAACCAGCAGACCACCAGGGACGUCCUGCUGUACCACAGACAGACAGGCCAAUGGCGGAGCCUCGCCAAACUGCCCACCCGGCUCUACAAGGCCGCAGCCGUUGCCUUGCACCGCAGCGUCUACGUGCUGGGAGGCAUGGCCGUGGGCACAGAGAAGAGUGAGCCCAGUCGCCACGUCUACAUCUUCUCCCUGAAACUCAAUCAGUGGAGGCUGGGGCAGCCCAUGCUGGCGGCUCGCUACUCCCACAGAAGCACCUCCCAUAGGAACUUCAUCUUCUCUAUCGGGGGGAUUGGGGACGGACAGGAGGUCUUGGGCUCCAUGGAGAGAUAUGACAGCAUCUGCAACGCCUGGGAGAACGUGGCCAGCAUGCCAGUGGGGGUUCUGCACCCUGCAGUCGCUGUGAAAGACCAAAGACUCUACCUUUUCGGAGGAGAGGACAUCAUGCAGAACCCUGUGCGCCUUAUCCAGGUUUAUCACAUUUCCAGAAACACAUGGUUCAAAAUGGAGACGAGAAUGAUCAAGAAUGUGUGUGCCCCUGCAGUGGUGCUUGGGGAGCGGAUUGUCAUCGUGGGAGGUUACACCAGGAGGAUUCUAGCUUAUGACCCUCAGUCCAACAAAUUUGUCAAAUGUGCAGACAUGAAAGACCGGAGGAUGCACCACGGGGCCGCGGUGAUGGGGAGCAAGCUCUACGUGACAGGUGGCAGGCGGCUGACCACGGACUGCAACAUCGAGGACUCAGCCUCCUUUGACUGCUACGACCCCGAGACAGACACCUGGACAUCCCAGGGACAGCUGCCUCACAAACUCUUUGACCACGCCUGCCUCACUCUCCAGUGCAUUCCCCACACCUCCACCUUCUCCUGA